AUCGUUCUCGGGUGCUCAGUGGCUGUGAUUUCAUCGGGAAUCCAGUCACUAGGAAUUACACUCCAGCGCAAAUCGCAUCUUCUCCACAUCACCAUCAACAAAAGCACACGAAGGCUGGCACCACAACAUCUACACCAUCGUCACCAACGAUAUAAGCGCAACAUGUGGCUCUUUGGCUUCAUGCUCUUCAUCGUAGCCAACAUUCUCGGUUCGUUGAUCCAAAUCACAACUCUCCCGCUUAUCAUUCUUUCUCCUCUCCAAUCAAUUGGACUAAUUUUCAACUCCAUUCUCAGCUGCCUCAUGCUUCCAGGCGAAGUAUUCACUCGCAAACUCGCUGUGGGAACCGUAGUCAUUGCUGUAGGGGCAUUCAGCAUAGCAUACAACGGGAAUGUACCGCCUCUCGUCGACUCAGAUCCUCCAAAAGACAUAGCCCAACGAUUCGACGACGUCAUGGCCCAUCUUCUUUUGCCAGCAUUCAUGCUGUGGUUCAUAUUCACUUUCGUAAUGGUUGCCAUACUCCUCGGUAUCAACUGGCUCUACUUGACAAAGAAAAUUAAUCAACCAAACAGCAUCAACCACACUCCAAUAAUACCAAUUGUUCUUGGACCGAAUAAGUAUCAGUUCAUAAAAGGUAUCAAUUAUGGCAUCAUCAGUGGAACGUUGACAGCGCAUACUUUUCUCUUUGCCAAAUCCAUCAUCGAUGUGAUUUUUGAAAGUAUCCUACAAAACACAUCGAGCAGCUUCCCACUCAGUAACUUGACUCCGUAUAUUCUCUUACUCACGAUGUUGGCCAUAAUUGGCUGUCAGUUGACGGCAUUCAACCUCGGCUUGAAGCAAAUUUCGACUUCAAUCUUAUAUCCCUUGUGCUUCCUAGUGUACAACUUGGUGAAUUUGGUCAACGACUUGAAUUUCAACUCUCUUUUGAUCGACCACCGCAUGUCGAUAGCCCAGUUUGCCUGGAUAGUUGUAGGCUUGAUUGCAGUUCUCUGUGGGGUAGUCAUCAUUAGUUGGGAUAGUGCAUUUGGAACUGCCCCACCCACUGAGUUAGAAACUAUCAACAUCGAGGAUGAAGAUCUCUUGUACAUGAAGUUUCCUUACACUACAGCAUCUAAAGUAUCUACAAUUCCUGAUGAAGUUCUAUCAUAUGAGCAGAGUCAGUUGUUAAGGCUGAUGGAUAUA